AUGGGGAAAAUACAGCAGGUCACAAUAGCAGACAUCGAUGAAACAAAUGGAUCUGUGGCCUUGAAUAAACUGGCGACUCAACAUGGCGAGGAAAACGUCACAUUUAUAAAGUGCGACGUCACCAAAGAUGCUAAAAUUCGUGAUGCAUUGAUGAGGACCAAGUCUAAGUUUGGACGGCUAGAUGUGAUCAUGAAUAACGCUGGAAUCAUGAACGAGAAGGACUUCGAGCUGUUAAUAAAUAUCAAUUUGACGGCUGUAAUACGUGGAACCACACUCGGGUUAAAGCAUCUCCGUAAGGACCAAGGAGGCAACGGCGGGGUUAUCCUAAAUACAGCCUCUGUAUCGGGGUUGAAGCCGUCUUUUUGCAACCCUGUCUACGGUGCAAGCAAACAUGGCGUCGUGGGAUACACUCGCUCAUUGGCAAGCAGCUUGUCGCCGAGUAUGGCCACCCAUGGUGUAAGGGUGAAUUGCCUGUGUCCAGAUUUCACGGACACGCCCAUGGUGCGGAGCCUAGAAUCCGCUGACAGUGUCUCUAAAAGAGGAAUCCACCACGCGGAAAAACUGUCCGAUUACGUUUGCAAAAAUAUUGACGGGAUGCUCAAGGCCUCUGUGGUUGCCGAAAGCGCCAUCAAACUGCUAGCAGACGACAGCAAAAACGGCGCCGCCAUGAUAGUGACCGGAAGAGGCGUGGCUUUUAUUGAUCCGCCGGAGCAUCCAUUUUUCACCGAUAAAACUCUGGAGUAAAGGAAGUGUUCCUGUAUUAAAAUUUCGGCACUCGAAAAAUCAUAAAGAAUCGUGACACCAUGCACAAUGUGACUUGUGUUAUGGGAAGUACAUGUAUUGUUAUAGAUUACAAUAAAAGAGCCGAUUCAAUAAACA